UGUUAUUCAUUAUAAUGGUAAAGAAGGCCAGUGAUGAUGCAAAACUCUAAGGUUGUUAAAUUCGUGAAGAAGGGUUCUAUAUCAAAGCUGAGAAAAUAUUUAAAAAAAAACGAUGUGAAUUUAAACAGAAUUCGUGAUAAUGAAGGCAGAAGCAUGCUGCAUUUAUCAUGCUAUUUAGGAGACUAUAAAAUGUCACGUUAUUUACUUCGUAAUGGAGUCGAUCCUUGCCUUACUGAUGAUGAUGGCAACACUGCUUUACAUAUAGCGUUGAAGUAUGCACUAGAAUCCUAUAAAAACACACUGCUUUUCGACCUAAUUUAUUACUUAAAAAGAAAAUCUCGACGUGUUAUGAACUUGGCUAACAUCUUUGGUGAAACACCCAAUGAUUUGUACACGAAAUGGAAUUCUAUCAUGACAAGUACUUUCGUAGAAGAAGACGAAGUUAAACAAAAGUUGAAUGAAGAGGAGGAAGAAUGGCAGAAAAAAUUAGCUUUUGAGGAAUCUUGUGAAGAUUACUAUUUCAAACAGGAUGAGAUUCCUCAAGAAGAUGUAAGUGAGACUUACAAUGAUUGGGCUGAACGAAUUAGAAAAGAGUACUUCUCAAAACAUAAAAGGACUGCAGGUUUGAAUAUUUCACAUCAACACAAGGAAAGAGAGGUUGACCCUAAAUGGAAGGAAGAAUUGACAAAACAACUUGCUGAAGGUCAUGAAAACUAUAUUAAAAGAACAAGGUUAAAGAAAAUGGAACGAGAAAGAGUAAGAUAUGAAGACAUGUGUCAUAAUGUGUUUGAAAAUGGAGGAAUGAAGCCUCUUUCAUUUGACACUAUCCCUUGGCCAUGUAUAGGUAGUGCUGCAGACAUUGUAGAUAAGUUGUGUGAAUGGGCUGAAGAUGAGAAAAUUACAUACCUGAAAAGACAAAGAAUAAGGUGGCAUCCUGACAAGUUUGCCCAAAGAUGCCGUCAUCGUAUCAAAGAGAAUGAUUUGAACACCAUAAUGGAUUUAGUCAAAGAGAUUUCUCAAGGCAUUAAUAUGAUGUUAAGUUCAUUAUAAAACCUACAUUAAAUUUUCAUGUUUAACAAA